UCAGCUCUUUGAUGUAUUUAUCGUUGGAAUGUUUGUAUGAGUGCUAGGCGGUAAAGUAUGUACCAUGUUAUUGUUUGGUUAAGUUCGGGUCAAAAGUUUGAAAGGUCGCAGGUUUACCUGAAGAAGCGUUUCUUGCCAUUCAAGCCAUUUGUCAUCAGACUAGUGCCUAAUUAUGUCAAAGGAUAUCCGGUCAUUCUUUUCUGUUCAGUCAUCAAAGAAAAAGUCCAAUGAAUCAGAUAAGAAAAAUUCAAAAGAACCUACCAGGUCUAGUAAUAAGAAGAAGAGGGCAGUUAUUGAGUCAGAUUCUGAUGAAGACAUAGAAAUAUUUGAACCGAAAAAGAAGAAAACUUCUCCAGCUGCAGCAAAGAAAGAAUCCAAAAUUGAAAAGAAAACUGUAAAUGCUGCAGAUGUAUUUGGCUCUGACACAGUCAAAAGAACAAAUCGACCAUCCACUUCAAAAGUCUCUGAAUUACAUAAUGAUUCUGAGUUUGACAAAGUUUUGCAAGAUCUGGAUGAGUCUGCUUGGGCUAGUGAUGAUCUCUUCGAUGAAACUGUUUCAAAGCCUGCUCCGAAAGAAACAUCUAAAACAACCUCUAUUUCACCGAGCCCCCCCGGAAAAGACUCCAGUCCACCAAUGAAAAGGCCUUCAGAAACUUCAAAGAGUCCUGUUAAAAAAGCUGUGCAGGGAGAGGCUGAAAAAAACGUCAAGCAUACAACUAUGGAGUCAGCUUCAACAUCCAAAUCUAGCAUUAAGGAGAGUAGCCCGAAGAAAUUAAAACUGGAAAAGAUUGAAAGUGCUCUUACAGUUCAAGCUAAGGAAAUAGGAUCAUCAAAGGAUAAAAACCAGCAGAAAUUAGAAAAGCCUUCUGUGAAAGUUGAAAUUAAAUCAGAGAAAGCAAAUGAAAAAGCAAAUGAUACUAGACCGAAGCUAGAACCUUCACCUCCUUCAUAUAUGUGGGUUGACAAGUACAAACCAACGUCGGUUAAACAAAUAAUCGGACAACAAGGAGAUAAUAGCAAUGUGAAAAAGUUGUUACGCUGGUUGUCUUCAUGGCAUUCCAAUCAUGGAACAGGUGUAAAUAAGAAGCUUGUUCGUCCAAGUCCAUGGGCUAAGGAUGACAAUGGAGCAUUUUUCAAAGCUGCUUUGCUGUCUGGCCCUCCUGGCAUUGGUAAGACAACUGCUGCUCAUCUUGUAUGUAAAGAAUUGGGUAUGGAUGUGGUAGAGUUCAAUGCAUCUGAUACCCGUUCUCAAAAGCUUAUGUCAAAAGAAGUGGGCGAACUGCUAUCAAGCAAGUCUCUUCUGCCAUUUUUUCAAUCUGGGGGAGAAUCAAAAACAUCAGCAAAGCACGUUCUUGUGAUGGAUGAAGUUGAUGGUAUGGCUGGUAAUGAAGAUAGAGGGGGUGUUGGUGAACUCAUCAGCCUUAUCAAGAAUUCUAAGUGUCCUGUGAUAUGUAUGUGUAAUGACCGCAAUCAUACUAAAAUAAGAAGUUUGGCUGGGUACUGCUUUGAUUUACGUUUCCAUAAACCUCGCGUGGAACAAAUAAGGGGUGCCAUGAUGUCAGUUUGCUUUAAGGAAAAAGUUCAAAUAUCACCUCAGGCUUUAGAUGAAGUAAUAUCUGGAACAAAUUGUGAUAUUCGUCAAGUUUUGAACAAUUUAUCCAUGUGGAGUUCUACAGAAAAAAAGAUGAAUACUGAACAAGUGAAAACAGAUGCUAAUGCUGCUAAAAAGAAUAUAAAACUGGGCCCAUGGGAUGCAGUAAAAAAAAUAUUUUCCUCAGAAGAUCAUAAAACAAUGAGCUUGAUGGACAAAUCAGAUCUAUUCUUCCAUGACUACAGCUUGCUGCCACUUUUCGUUCAAGAAAAUUAUUUAAUCUCAUCCCCUCAUGCUGCUAAGAAGAGAACAGAUUCUUUACAUCACAUUGCACGAGCUGCCGCAAGUAUCAGUUAUGGUGAUUUGAUAGAAAAAACAAUUCGCAGCAAGAAUUCUUGGAGCCUUUUACCUGUUCAGUCCAUCUUUUCAAGUGUUGUUCCUGGUGACUGGAUGGAGGGCCAUUUCACUGGUCAGAUUCAAUUUCCUUCAUGGUUGGGUAAAAAUUCUAGAGGACUUAAAAUGAGCAGAAUGCUUCAAGAACUGCAAGUGCAUAUGAGACUCAGCAUUUCUGGUGGCAAGCAGGCAGUAAAUCUAGACUACAUUCAGCCAAUUUUAAAUGCAAUUAUCCGCCCACUUAUCGCAGAGGGGUCUCAAGGUGUGCCCAAAACUAUGCAAGCAAUGCAAGAUUAUUUCAUCACAAGAGACGACCUGGACAGUUUGUUGGAAGUGUGCAAGUGGCCAAAUCAAGCUGAUCCAAUGGCUGGUGUUGAUAGCAAGGUAAAGGCCGCCCUUACAAGAGCGUACAACAAGGCUGGUGGUCUCAUGAUACCGUAUGCAUUAGAUGUCCCAGUCAAGAAGAAGAAAGCCUCUGCCGCUGUGGAGGAAGGGUAUGGGGGUGAGGAGGAGGAGGAGGAGGGAGAGAGUGACGAUGAUAAAAGCGAUGAUGAUGAUGCUGCAGAUGGGAUGAUAAAGGCGAAAAAGCCUGAGAAGAAAGCUGCAAGUGCGAGCUCAUCAUCCUCAAGCCAAGCUUCUUCAAGUCGUGGGUCUCGGGGAGGUGCCAGGGGCAGUGGCCAACCCAGAGGAAGGGGAAGGGGGAGAGGGAAGAAGUAAGUAUUAAAACACCGUUUAGGUUCCUCCGUGUAGCCUGUGAUGGAGGCAUGUGUUCCCUUGUAAAGUUAACUAUUUCCUGUGAUGAGACCGCUGAUGACUUGUAACCUACUUAUAUUAAUAUUAUGAAGUGGAUAAAAUAAUUACAAAAUAUUUUCUAAA